CCACGCAGCUCCUACAGAUUGCUACAGAUGUGCCUACAUUCCUGUGCUACUUAGGCAAAUAAUCUGAAGCUCAUAGAACUUUAGAACGUGCAUGUAUUUAGUUACAUUUUUUCAAUUCGACGUGAAGUGUGGGGUACAGGCGCAAUAUUAGAUUACUGAGCUCGUUAUUCGUAACAAAAAUAAAGAGUAACGAUGACUGACAAUCUUCCAGAUAGCGUGAAUACUGUGCUAGGAAGCAAACGAUUGUCCGAGCUCGGGAAAACGUUAACGCACGAACAUCUGGCUCUCGAUUUUCGUAAAUUUUACGUACCACCGCCGAAGCAUCUUAAACGUUUCCCUGACGGCUGUCUGUCUCUUCAGAAUAUCGGAUACAUUCGGCAGUACCCAUAUAGCAGUUCAUAUAAUUUGGAGUUUUACGAUGGCGACGCGGCGAAAGCUGUCUAUAAAGACGUAGAAUUAUUCAAAGAAGCCGGUGGCGGAACCAUCGUGGAGAACAGUAAUCAUGGUUUGAAACGCGAUAUUUCUUUAAUGAAGAACGUCAGCCGGUCCUUGGGAAUUAACAUAAUUGCGGGAACUGGAUAUUAUGUCGCUAGCGUGCAAAAUGCAUCGACUCUCAAUAUGACCAAAGAAGAAAUGUACGACCUGAUGCAGAAAGAAUUGGAAGAGAGUUGCGUAGAGUGUCCUGAUGUAAAGGCAGGAUUUAUCGGGGAGGUCGGCAGUACUUGGCCAAUCGAAGACUUUGAAAAACGUGCUAUUCGUGCGACUGGCGAGCUCCAAGCUCAGUUACAUUGUUCUGUGAGCUUUCAUCCUGGAAGAGACGCAUCUGCGCCUAUGGAAAUAAUAAGGAUCUAUCAAGAGGCUGGUGGCGAUGCGAGCAAGGCCAUUAUGUCUCACAUAGAUCGUACGUUGAUAAAAAAGGAACGACUCAUGGAAUUCGCCGAUACUACCAAAUGUUACAUUCAAUUCGACCUGUUCGGUACCGAGUGCUCUUACUAUCAGCUGAACCCGUCGGUCGAUAUGCUGUCAGAUGCACAACGUGUCAAACGUAUUGCAUGGCUGAAGGAUGAGAAAAAACUGGAUCGAGUUCUCAUGAGUCACGAUAUACACACCAAACAUCGGCUGAUACAUUUCGGCGGCCACGGAUACUCUCAUAUCGCCAACAACGUCCUGCCAACCAUGGUGAACAAGGGCUUCACGAAGGAAGACAUCGAAUUGAUAACGGUUGAAAAUCCUAAGAGAUGGCUUACUCGGAAAUAAUUUACUUGCGAAACAAACUGCGCUCUGCCUUACAAUUUAACACUAUAUUAUUUUCAUGAAUAGCACUUUUCUAUUGAUUGUGAACUACUAGAAUAUAUUAAUCUUUAAUUGCUUUUCUCAUUAAUUGUAUUUAGUGAUAAACAAUGUUGAAAUUUUGUUAUAUAAUUUGAUUUAACGAGAACGCGGAUCUCUCUGUAUGUCGACUUAAAUAACGGCGAAAUCCUCGAGAUAUCUCCUUCUUUUAAUAAUGUUUAAAGCUUGUUAAUCUUUGUUGUGUAUUUCCGCGACUAAUCCAAUAAUAAACAAUGCUAAAAUGUUAUUAUAUAAUUCGCUUUAACGAGAACGCGGAUCUGUGAAUACCGACUCGAAUAAUGGCAAGAUUCUCGAGAUGUCUCUUUUUCUUAAAAAUGUUUGCAAUUUGUUAAUGUUUCUUAUGCAUUUCUGCGACUAAUCUGACGAUGAACAAUAACAAAAUGUUACUAUAUGUAUAAUUCUAUUCAACGAAAACUUGCGAAUCUCUGCGUAUUGAUUUCAAAAAAGCACGCAUUAAUUCUUGAAAAAUUUCCCUCUUUUAACAAUAUUUCCUGCUUGACGAUUUAUAUAUAAAUUUUGGAAACAAAUUCGAUGCUAAACAAUGCUAGAAACUUGUUAAUUUAAAUUUAAAUUGAUAAGAAAGAUGACUUUGCAUAAUAUUCCAAAGACCUCUUUCGUUAGCCAAACAGUAGUCGCACAUUUACAUUAUAACUAUUUAAUUAUUUAACAAAAUAAUUUCUUGUAUAUCUUGCUCCUCCGAAGAAAAUAAAUGCAAUAAUAAAUAA